GACCCCGCCAUCAGUCAGCCCACUAGGUCGUACGGAGACCAAAAUGUUGAGAAGUACCGGACUUUUGGCGAUCCCUCACUAAGCGGAGAGUUUUCCUUCCCCUCUAUUAUUCUCCUUUUCCCUCUUUCUCUUCCUUCUCUCAUUCAUACACCCUUUGGUCAGUCAAUUCCUACACUUUUGUCUGGUCUUUCUCACUAA